AUGACCACAGUUGUCGACAAGAAAUUUCUAGCACAAACGCACUGUGUUGCAUUCCUUGAAGUAUGUGUUCUUUCGCAAGCUGAGAAUGGAGGCGAUGAAGCAGAUGGUCCUCAGAUCCACCAAGAAGAUUCCUGGGUCAUCAUUGACAGUUUCUUCCAGGAGAAAGGGCUGGUCUUCCAGCAGCUUGGGUCUUUUGACCAGUUCAUCGUUUAUGAGAUGCAACGGGUUGUGGACGCCCAGACACCAAUUGAAUGCACGCCGCAAGACCAGUACAAUCCGGAAGAAAACGUGGACAGCAAGAAAGUCUAUGUUUGGAAGUUUGGUCAGCUACACUUCAACAAGCCGACAGUGGAUGAGACAGGGGGCGUUGCUAAGCAGCUGACCCCUCGAGAGGCUCGCCUCCGAAAUGAGUCUUAUGCAGCUCCGGUAUACGUGGACAUCGAAAGGACGACUUACCAAGUCAACAGCGAUGGGGAAAGAACUUUGAUAGGAGAAGACAACUACUCGAAGAUCUUUCUCAUGAAGAUGCCAAUCAUGGUCAGGACAGAGUACUGUUGGCUCAAAAAUGCAAAUGAUCGUGUCCUCACUGAAUUUGGUGAAUGUCCUUUGGAUCAGGGUGGGUACUUUGUCAUCAAUGGUUCAGAGAAGGUGCUGAUUGCCUUGGAACGCAUGGCAAACAAUUUUGUCUAUGCAUUCGCAAAAAAGCAGCCUUCAAAAUAUGCAUGGGUGUGCGAGAUCCGGUCUGCACUCUUCGAAGGCUCUGCCGGCAACUCUGGGUUUGCUGUUAAGCUGCUCACAAACAUGGGUUCGAAGUCAUACUGUCGAGGUCAGCUGGUUUGCACAUGCCCAUAUAUUCGUACAGAGAUUCCACUGGUGGUGAUGUUCCGGGCCUUGGGAAUUGUGGCUGACAGAGACAUCUUAGAGCGCAUCGUGUUCGACAUGAGCGAUUUUGCGAUGCUGAAUGCAUGCCGUUUAUCCAUCGAGGAUGCUGCGCCCAUCUCAACACAGGAGAUGGCCUUGGACUACAUAGCCAAGCGCGGACCCACAAUGGGUGCUACGCGAGAUGUGCGUAUCCAGUACGCGCGAGAGCUGCUGCAAAAGGAGCUUCUUCCCCACAUCGGAAGGACUCGCAACAUUGAGGGACGCAAAGCGUACUUCAUUGGUUACAUGACAAAUCGUUUGUUGCUGGGUUUCUUGGGCCGAAAUCCAGAAGAUGACCGAGAUCACUUUGGAAAAAAGCGGAUUGACUUGGCUGGUGCAUUGGUGUCUGCAUCUUUUACUGGUUUGUGGCGAAAAACCAUCAAGGACUUCAGAAAAGUGCUUCAGCGCAUGCUCAAUAAAGGCAAGAUCCCGGAUGACAUCCAGCAGUGCCUAAAGCAGGCAUCCUGCUUGAGUCAGGGCAUGAAGUACCAGUUUGCCACUGGCAACUGGGGCCAGGAUAAAUCUGGGAAGCCAGUUCGGACUGGAAUCUCGCAGGGUCUCAAUCGGCUAACCUUCAUGGCCACUUUGUCCCAUUUGAGGCGCAUGAUCACACCUUUGGCUCGCUCUGGGAAGCUGGUGAAGCCGAGGCAGCUUCACAAUACCCAUUGGGGGUUGGUUUGUCCUGCGGAAACACCUGAAGGGCAGGCAGUGGGGCUUGUGAAGAACAUCUCCUUGAUGUGCUGGAUUACACUGGGGUCGGCACAAAACAUCAUCGAGGAUUUCCUCGACGAAUGGGGCGUCUUAGAUUUGAUGGAGUGCACUCCAGAGCACAUCAAGACCUAUUCCAAGGUCUUCUUGAAUGGUAUAUGGGUGGGGAUGCACAGAAAUCCUGCCGAGCUGAGGAACACACUGCAGAGUUUGCGGCGCAGAAAAGACAUUGACUCGGAGGUGUCAAUCCAACAAGACCUCAAAAACAAUGAGAUCCGCAUUUCGUCAGACUGCGGAAGGUGUUCGCGUCCAUUGUACAUUGUUGAUUAUGAGAAGCAGAAGGUGCUGAUACAUGGACACCACGUGGAGAAGGUGAAAAACGGUGAAUGGGAAUGGGGAACUUUGAUGCGUGAGGGAUUGAUUGAGUAUCUCGAUGCAGAGGAGGAAGAGUGCUCAAUGAUUGCUAUGUUUAUCCAUGAUUUGGUAAAAACACGCGCCUACUGCAAGACCUAUACUCAUGCUGAGAUUCAUCCUGCCAUGAUUUUUGGAAUUUGUGCAUCCAUCAUUCCAUUUCCUGACCACAACAUGAGUCCAAGGAAUGUGUUUCAGUCAGCAAUGGGAAAGCAAGCAAUCGGAGUAUUUGGGACCAACUUCUACUCGCGCAUGGACACGUUUGCAUGCGUGAUGUGCUACCCGAUGAAGCCUUUCGUUGGUACACGUUCAAUGAACUACUUGCGCUUUCGAGAGAUGCCUGCUGGAGUGAACACGAUCGUUUUCAUUAUGUGCUACACAGGCUACAACCAAGAGGAUUCACUGAUGUUGAGUCAAUCGUCCGUGGACCGUGGAUUCAUGAGAGCCGUCUCCUACCGGUGUUACGCUGCAGAGGAGAAGUGGGAAGGAAGGAAACCGCUGGAUGAGUUUUGCCAGCCAAAAAAUUUUAGGACCGUCGGCUUAAAAAUUAGCUACGAGCAGCUAGAUCACGAUGGUCUAGCAAUCCCAGCUGGAGGACGUGUUUUAGGUGAUGAUGUGCUCAUUGGUCGCACAUCAGCACUUCCACCAGACAUGAUCAGGGAUGAUGGAGUAGGUCCACAGAAGUUCGACCGGAAGGACAGUUCCAUUUGUUGCCGGACAGCCGAAACUGGUGUGGUGGACCAGGUCAUGGUUAGUCUGAACAAAGAAGGGUACAAGUUCACGAAAGUGCGGUUGCGAACACUCAAAAUUCCAGAGGUCGGAGACAAAUUCGCUUCACGGCACGGUCAGAAAGGAACGCUUGGGAUUUUGUACCGGCAAGAAGACCUUCCUUUCACACACUUUGGCGUCACACCGGACAUUAUCAUGAAUCCUCACGCCAUUCCUUCUCGAAUGACGAUUGGGCACUUGGUGGAGCAGCUCACCGGGAAGGUUGGUGCGCUGGUCGGUUGCCAAGGUGAUGCCACGCCUUUCACGCGAGUCACAGUGAAAGACAUCAGCAGCAGGCUCCACGACAUGGGUUUCCAGCGGUUUGGGAACGAAAAGGUUUGGAAUGGUCACACUGGCCGUCCGCUCACGAACAAGAUCUUCGCGGGGCCUGUGUAUUACCAGCGCCUCAAGCACAUGGUCAGCGACAAAGUACAGUCUAGGUCUCGUGGUCCUGUCCAGACCCUUACAAGACAGCCAACUGAAGGUCGCGCAAAAGAGGGCGGCCUGAGAUUUGGAGAAAUGGAAAGAGAUUGCAUCAUCUCCCAUGGGGCAGCGAAGUUCUUGAAGGAGCGUCUCUUUGAUGUAUCUGACGCCCAUCGCGUUCAUGUGUGCGAUACGUGCGGUUUGUUCGCCAUCGCAAAGCUCAAGAACGACACUUACGAGUGCAAGCUUUGCAAGGACAAGGCCAAAGUCUCCCAGAUUUGCUUGCCGUAUGCCUGCAAGCUGAUGAUCCAAGAGUUGAUGACAAUGAAUAUACUGCCCCGCCUAGUUCUUCACGUUCAGUGA